GACCUGGGCUCCAUCUGCACCACUGUCCCCAAAGCCAUGCACAAUUCCCUCUGGCACACCAACAACAUCUCCUACUCUGCAUGUGCUGCGCAGGUGUUUCUCUUUAUGUUCUUCAUCUCAGCAGAGUUUUCCAUCCUGACCAUCAUGUGCUACGACCGCUACGUGUCCAUCUGCAAACCCCUGCACUAUGGGACCCUCCUGGGCAGCAGAGCUUGUGCCCACAUGGCAGCAGCUGCCUGGGCCAGUGCCUUUCUCCAUGCUCUGCUGCACACAGCCAAUACAUUUUCCCUGCCCCUGUGCCAGGGCAAUGCCCUGGGCCAGUUCUUCUGUGAAAUCCCACAGAUCCUCAAACUCUCCUGCUCACACUCCUACCUCAGGGAACUUGGGCUUCUUGCUGUUAGUGCCUGUUUAGGUUCUGGAUGUUUUGUGUUCAUUGUUUUCUCCUAUGUGCAGAUCUUCAGGGCUGUGCUGAGGAUCCCCUCUGAGCAGGGACGGCACAAAGCCUUUUCCACCUGCCUCCCUCACCUGGCUGUGAUCUCCCUGUUCCUCAGCACUGCCUUUUUUGCCUACUUGAAGCCCCCCUCCAUCUCCUCCCCAUCCCUGGAUCUGGCCCUGUCAGUUCUGUACUCAGUGGUUCCUCCUGUCCUGAACCCCCUCAUCUACAUCACUUGUAAUAUGAGUAAUUUUUGA